CUGCUUUCAUUGUCGACCUUUAACAACAAUAAUUCAAACAAUUGCAAUCAUUGAGUCACAACUUGGUUAUUAUGCGUGCGAUAAAUGUUUUUAACAUCUCCUGACGCAACACAUCAACUUUUUUCUAACUUUUUAUUUUUUACCAAGACGCAUCUGAUCUAGUCACUCGUCGCUUGUUAUGAAAUAAUUGUUCCAUCAUCAUGGAAUAAUUGCUGCAUCAUCAUGGGAUUUGUUAUGGAAUAAUUGCUGCAUCAUCAUGGCUACAACGUGCAGAUUUGUGCUGCUGAGAACCUUAGGAGCUCAUAGAGUUGCAAGUCAACUUUGGAAUGUCAGACACAUGAGCUGCUCUGACAACGUGUACCUGUCCCAGCCUACUAUCACAGGUAGCAGCUCUCUGUCCUUUCGAAGUCACACCUGUGGACAGCUGAGACGCCAGCAUGUGGGAGAGAAGGUCACGCUCUGUGGUUGGGUCCAGUACCUCAGACAAGACCUGUUCGUCAUUCUUCGAGAUUUCAGCGGUUCCACCCAAGUUCUCAUACCUCAGGAGGAAUCUGCGCGCCACCUUAAAGGAGUCCUGUGCAGUCUCACUGCUGAGUCCGUGAUCAAAGUCGCAGGGAUCGUUAGGCAACGGCCACCAGGACAGGAGAACAAGGGGAUGCCAACAGGAGACAUCGAAGUCCUCGCCGAGGACGUGGACGUCUAUAACACCUGCCGCAAGUUGCCCUUUGAAUUGAAAGACUUUGUCAAAAAAUCCGAGUCGUUGCGCCUGCGGUUUCGCUACCUGGACCUGCGCUCGUCCAACUUGCAGAAGAACCUGCGACUGAGGUCCCAGCUGGUGAUGAAGAUGAGAGAAUAUCUCUGCUAUAUGCACGGUUUUGUUGACGUAGAAACUCCCACUCUGUUUAAAAGAACACCAGGGGGAGCUAAAGAGUUUGUGGUUCCCUCCAGAGAGCCAGCUCGUUUCUACUCGCUCCCUCAGAGUCCUCAGCAGUUCAAACAGCUUUUAAUGGUGGCAGGAAUUGACAGGUACUUCCAGGUUGCGCGGUGCUAUCGUGACGAAGGCUCCAAACCAGACCGCCAGCCUGAGUUCACCCAACUGGACAUAGAAAUGUCUUUUGUGGAGCAGGCGGGAAUCACAUCUCUGGUGGAGGCUUUGCUGCAGUACUCCUGGCCUGCGGACAAAGGUGGCAUCACCGUUCCCUUCCCAACCAUGACGUACCAAGAGGCCAUGAGGGACUAUGGUGUGGACAAACCCGAUACCAGAUUUGGCAUGAAGCUGAUGGACAUCACAGACCUCUUCCUGUCUGCUGACAUCAGCUUCUUCAAAUCAGCCGUCAGCCAACCAGGAAGCUCCAUUUUGGCCAUGUGUGUCCCCAGUGGAGCAGAAGUGUUUACUGCUAAAGAUUUGGAGGGACUGAAACAGGUGUCAAAGACUCACUUUCACCAGGAGGUGAGUGUGGUGCUGGUCCGAGCUGACGGAACACUGAAGUCUCCCCUGAAGAAGCUGCUGGCGGACUCCAUCACUGAUGCCUUGUUGAAGAAGACCAGAGCCCAACCUGGAGACCUCCUCCUCAUAGCUGCUGGUCCUACUGACAUUGUGCGACCACUGCUGGGUAGUCUUCGUUUGAGGUGUGCAGAUCUCCUGGAGUCUCACGGCUCUUCAGUCCGUGACCCUUCAAGCUUCCACUUUCUGUGGGUUGUGGAUUUCCCUCUCUUCCUGCCUAAAGAGGAUGAUCCUGAGCAGCUUGAGUCUGCCCAUCAUCCAUUUACUGCUCCAGUGCCAGAGGACACAGCGCUACUGUACACACACCCACAGCAAGUCCGUGGUCAGCACUACGACCUGGUGUUGAACGGCUGUGAGAUCGGAGGAGGAUCCAUCCGUAUUCAUAACGCUUCUAUGCAGCUUCACGUCUUGAAGAAUAUCCUCAAGGAGGAUCCCACUCUUCUUGCUCACCUGCUGGAGGCUCUGGACUCAGGAGCGCCACCCCAUGGUGGCAUCGCCCUUGGUUUGGACCGGCUGGUGUCCAUCCUGGUGGGUGCCUUCAGCAUACGUGAUGUCAUAGCCUUCCCCAAGUCCUUCCGAGGUCGCGACCUCAUGAGCGGUGCCCCACAUUUAGUGUCAGAGGAGGAGCUGAAGUCGUACCACAUAUCAGUCAACUGGCCCGCAGACAGCAGAGGAGGACAAGAUGACCAAUGUGGAGAUUUGGAAGGAAGAUUUUAAUCCCACCAAGGGACUUACAAAAACAAUGAUCAUAAAUCCUGGUCCGGUCUUGAUGCAGUUGCUGUGUGAACAACACAAACAAAGUGGUGUUGUUCACCUUUCAUAAAGGAAAGUAGAGCAGAUGAACAGAAGUAAUCAUGAGCUAACUGCUUUUAGGAAAGAGCUGACAACACAAACAAAGUGGUGUUGUUCACCUUUCAUAAAGGAAAGUAGAGCAGAUGAACAGAAGUAAUCAUGAGCUAACUGCUUUUAGGAAAGAGCUGACAACACAAACAAAGUGGUCUCGUUCACCUUUCAUACACAAACACAUUUUUUGAAGUAAAGUAACAAACAAUACAAAUUGAUUAAAAUAUAUAUAUAUAUACUGUAUGUAUUAAAAACUGGGCUCAUCUAAAACAACAAAAAUUAUUCCAAUAAAGACAAUAAAUUAAGGGAUUUUCUUUUUUCUUUUUUUUUAACAUUUUCCAAGAUUUUAUUAAUAAUUUAAAUGAUUAAUCCAAUGGGAGAUUUGGGGUUUCACAUCAAGAAAUCGACUUUUAUGUAUGACAAAUGAUGCUCGCAACAUAAUAUCAAUAAUUUCUAGGUUGCUAUCUUUCAUAAAAAUGCAAUUUUUAAAAUGUCUUCUAUAGUGAAUGGAGACAUCUCCAUAACUUAACCUCUGAUCUCCCAAAAUAAAGGUACAGUAUCGUAUUACAGCUAUAACAGUUGUCAACCAGAAUGUCAAAAUAAAAUAUCAGUUGGGUAUAUUCUAUUAAUAAUUUUAAAUGGUAUUUUUCAGUUUAGAAAUAAUCUGCUUUUGUACAAACAUUUAUUUUUUAUUUGUAUUUUCUUGUUUCUAAUUGAACAAAAGAACACACAAACAUUCACAAGGUUGAGCAUCAAUACACAAAUAGAAA